GUCUAAAAUAGGAACUUGUUUUCUAACUGCAUUUAAAGAAAUACCUUUUAUAUAAUACUUAGUGCAAAAAAGAUGCAUGCAGGAUGCAUGCAAUUGGUGACAAUUGUUGAUGACAAGAUUUCCUACAUAUAUUUUGAUUUUAACGAGUGGUUACAUUCAAAAGUCACCAAUAUAAUUGAGAGUUGUCAAAAUUAAUGACAAUUUUAUAUUCUCGCCCACGUUAAAUCAUUUUUUCCAAGUAAACAAGAUGAAUGUGUCAAUAAAUGACUCAAAUAUAUACACGGGUAAUAUGACAACAAUAGACUCAAAAAUAUGCAAAAUGAACAUAUCAGCAACCAACUCAAUAAACGAUACUUUAGAAUUGCAUCUUAGUACAUGUACAAUCGAAUUCAAAGCGGCAUUUCAUAUUCCAGCGUUAGUUCUUGCCUUUUUAAUCAUUUUUGCUAAUUCUUUAGUAAUUUACUUAUUCUUAAAGAACCGCACAUUACGUAAAACAGUAGCAAAUAUUUUGCUGAUUAGCCUCUCUGUUACAGAUUUAGUAUCAGGUAUUUCUAUGUUUAUUCAUAUAAUGCCAUAUUAUUACACCCUUUUUAAAGAUUGCUCAACAGUGCAUCAUGUUUUUGAUCUCGCUUACUUUGCAUCGAGUGAUAUUAUAACAAAUGGUUUGACAAUUACCUCUGUCUUACAUUUACUGUUGUUAUCAAGUGAGCGAUUUGUUUUGCUUUAUUAUGCACUCCGUUGUACUGUAAUUGUUACAAGAAAAAGACUUAUAGUUUUAUCGUUUACCGCGUGGGUCGUUGGAGCAUUUGUUACGCUCAUACAACUUAUCUGGGUAGUACCUUACAUUAGUGAACCAAAUAAUCAUACAAGACUUGCUGUUUUGCAUAAUGACAAAAUUUAUACGGUUACAACAAUUGCACUGUUUUCAUUUAUACCAAUUUUUGUUUUGUUGUUUCAAUAUAUUUGGUUAUUUUCUUUAAUUCGACGGCUUUCAAAAAAGAAUCCAGGAAUACAAUCAAAAAAGGUUUGGUCAAGAGAGUUAAAAGGCGUCAUAGUCAAUUGUAUUAUGUUUGUCUCCUUUGUUUUAUUUUGCUUCCCAUAUUUGUUGGUAAAAUGCUUUAUAUGUUUAGAUCAUCCCGUAAUCUCAGAGCUCCCAAGCGAAUUUUUUGAGACUUUUUUUCUUCUAAGAUAUAUAAUCUCAAUAAUCAAUCCGCUUAUUUAUGCCCUUUAUAAAAAAGAUUUUAGAAGAACAAUACCAAUUACAUUUUUGUCAUUGUCUAAAACGUUUUUAAUGACCAGUAGACCAACCUUUGACCAGUUGAGCAGUCGACCAACCUUAUCUCGAAGUGGAGAAAAGAUUUCCUUUAUUGAAAUCGGGACUAGAAAUAGCAAAGAAAUAAAGUUUUAGAGAUCUGAAAGAAAUGUAAAAACUGUUUGAAAUAAAUUUAUAAACAUUUAUAAAA